GGAGGAACCAGGACUCACUUAACACACAGAGCUCCAGGAGGACAAUUCCCUUAAAGGGAGAAGGGCUUAAACAUCUCCAGCUGGGGCACACAGGAUGUCAUGGACGCUUGUAGGAGCUGUCGCUGGACUACGCUUCCCAGAAGCCUCCGGGGCCUGGGGCGUUCAUUUUCGCCUCCGGACUACGUUUCCCAGCAAUCUGGGCGGCGCUGUUCUCUGGGGACGUGACCCGCUUCCGUUCUGUGCUGGACUCUGAGACUUGAGCUCCCAGCCUCAGUGGAGCUUUUGAGUAGUAGCAGUGGCUGCAGCGGGUCCAUGUAGUGUAGACCUACGCCCUCUUGUGUUGAGCCAGGCCGGGGCGGAGCAUGGACUCUGGUGGAGUCACGUGCCGCCCAAGCCCGUCACUAUAGCAACCGCUUGACAGUGGUCCGUCUGUCUCAAUCUCCGAGAGAAGGGCGGAAACCCGGCCUGGAGGUUCCGGGAUAUGUAGUGUGGAAGCAGAGGUGCAGAGAGGGUCGCUGUGGUUAGAGGAGGGUCGCGGUUGGAGUAUCCCUGCAGUGGGCUGGAACAAACCAAUUGAGGAGACCAAAGAUGUUGUGGAUGACGGCAGGUCGCUGUGUCAACUGAGAGCUGUUAUGUACGAAGUCUGUGAAUUUGGCAGUUGUGUUUCCUGGGCCCUGAAUGGGGUAUCCUUGAAGAGUAGCCUAAGGGGAACCCCUCUGAAGCACAGGCCCCUAUAGAGUUGUUUUAAAAAUCUGAACAAGCUCAAAUGGCUCUAGAAUCCAGAGAAGCUGAAGCCCUCGAUCCUCAGAAUCCAGCCUGGAAAGAGAGACUUCAAGUAGUAAAAGUAAAGGUGGAGGAAGAAGAGGAUUACCUAUGGGGGAAGAAAGACAGCCAGAAGAGGAACAGCCCUUCCACCCAGGAGAUCUCCCGCCUGCAGUUCAGGCAGUUUGGCUACAGUGACACCCCUGGACCCCGAGAGGCUCUGAGCAAACUCCAGGAACUUUGUUAUCAGUGGCUAAGACCAGAGAUACACACGAAGGAGCAGAUUCUAGAGCUGCUGGUCCUGGAACAGUUCCUGACCAUUUUGCCAGAGGCCCUGCAGACCUGGGUGAGAGAUCAACAUCCAGAGAGUGGGGAGGAGGUGGUAACUGUGCUGGAAGAUUUGGAGAGACAGCUUGGUGAACCAGGACAACAGGUUGCAUCAAGCACCCAGAGAGAGGCAGGGGGCUGGGAGAAGAUGGCACCCUUGAGAGCAGCACAAGAUGCACUGAAUAUCCAGCUUCAGCCUAUGAAUGCCCAGAUCAAGUUUGGGUCACCAGAACCCCAGUUCCUACAAGAAAGAGAUUUUGAGACUAGUACCAAGUGGACCCUUCCGAAGCAGGAACUUUCUGAAGAAGAGGAGUCACAGGGGAGGCUAUCUGGAAGAUUCCCAGUGGAUGCUUCCAAGGGAACCAAGGUUGGAGAAGCCAAUGAAUGUGAAGGCACUCUAGACAAGCAACAGGGAAACAAAGUGGAGAAAGUAGAAGGAUCCCUUUCCCAGGAUGGAAAUUUUGUGGUAGUGACCAUCCCUUCUGAAAAAAUUCCCUUAGGAGAGAAUGGCCAUAAAUAUGAUGAGUGUUUGUGUAGUUGUCAUUUGAACUCAAACCUGGUUACACGACGUAGAAUUCCAACAGGAGAGAAAACCCAUGUAUCUGCUACAAAUGACCAAAACUCCAGACAGAAUUCAUCUUCUAGUGUACAUCAAAUAGAUCAGACUGUCAAGAGGCCUUAUGAAUGUAAUGAAUGUGAGAAAACCUUCAAGCAGAACUCAGAACUUCGAAAACAUCAGGGAAUUCAUAUAGGGGUGAAACCUCACAAAUGUACUCAGUGUGGGAAAGCAUUCAGCCGACGUUCAUAUCUUAGGAAACAUCAAAAAAUUCACACUGGAGUGAAACCCUAUUCAUGUAGUGAAUGUGGGAAAGCUUUCAGGGUGAGCUCAGACCUUAUUCAGCAUCAAAGAAUUCACACUGGAGAUAAACCCUAUCAUUGUAGGGAAUGUGGGAAAGCCUUCAAUCAGAACUCUUCCCUUAUUCAACAUCAGAGAAUUCAUACUGGAGAAAAACCCUAUGAAUGUAAUGAAUGUGGGAGAGCCUUCAAUCAACGCUCAGCUCUUACUCAACACCAGAGAAUUCAUACUGGAGAGAAGCCCUAUGAAUGUAAAGAAUGUGGGAAACCCUUCAGCCAGAAUUCGUCUUCUAGUGUACAUCAAAGAGAUCAGACUAUCAAGAAACCUUUUGAAUGUAAUGAAUGUGAGAAAACCUUCAAGCAGAACUCAGAACUUCGAAAACAUCAGAAAUGUCAUAUGGGAGUGAAACCCCACAAAUGUACUCAGUGUGGGAAAGCAUUUGGCCGUGGUUCUGAUCUUAGGAAACAUCAAAGAAUUCAUACAGGAGAGAAACCCUAUUCGUGUAGUGAAUGUGGGAAAGCCUUCAGGGGGAGCUCAGACCUUAUUCAGCAUCAAAGAAUUCACACUGGAGAUAAACCCUAUCAUUGUAGAGAAUGUGGGAAAGCCUUCAAUCAGACCUCUUCCCUUAUUCAACAUCAGAGAAUUCAUACUGGAGAGAAACCCUAUGAGUGUAAUGAAUGUGGGAGAGCUUUCAAUCAAAGCUCAGCUCUUACUCAACAUCAGAGAAUUCACACUGGGGAGAAGCCCUAUUCAUGUAAAGAAUGUGGGAAACCCUUCAGGCAUUGGUCUGGCCUUAUGACACAUCGAAGAGUACACACCAAACUUUGACCUUAUGCAUAUUCUGAAUAUGACAGAUCUUCAGACAACUUGUAACUUUUGUUAAGUUUCAGAAAAAUAUACUGGGAUUAUAAUAACCCCAUAAAGCAAUUAUGAGCUUCUCAAGGCAGGAUCUAUGUUUGUCUUAUUGUGUUUGGUCCUUGCCUGAGUGCCAUGUGCCUAUGAGAAAUAAGGUUUAUUUUGUGAUAGAUUAAUCGGAGUGAUAAGUGGAGGAAACAUUAAGUAUUUACCUCCUCCCUUAACUUUUUAGGAAAUUCAAGGAAUGUGAAAUAAAUGGGAAUGUAACAUCUUGAGCUGGAGUUUAGUUACUGCAAGAAACUGUGGAUUGGAUACAUCAGAUUUACUUUCCUUUAGCCACUGUCAGGGAAUUCCUGUAUUUGUUGUUGUUUGUCAUUGACAUCAGGGUGACAUGGAUAUUGUUAGUGACUCUCCCCCUGGGUGUGAUCAUCCCCUACCUCCAGUGACACCUGUCUCUGAGGAACAGUACUAAUGAGGAGAGUGAUUCCAAUAUAUAUUUUUUUCUCAUGGGAAUAAAUGCAGAUAGUCUCCAUGUCUCUGAAGAGGGCUGACAGUGAGGAGGGGCUAUUAAUUAGUAUGCCAAGAAAGAAAGGAGAUAGAUACACUCGUGUAGUUUCUUAAUACUUGGCAUGUAAGGCAUUUACUGUUAUUUUUGUAAAUAGUUAUCUUCUAAGAGGGGAGGGCAUAUAAUUUUUGCCAUUUCAUAGGAACUGAUGUCCCAAGAAAAGGAGGGUUGUACUUAAGGGGAUUAGGACAGGUUUGGGUGCCCAGAGCCCCCUCCUCAGGCUGUACAGUAUAGACAGGUAAGUCCUCUGAGAUGAAUUGGGGACAGUUUCUUUUUAAAGGGUCCAAACAGAAAGCUAUUGGAGUGGAGAACUAAAGAGUGACAAACAUAGGAUUUCACAAAGAUUUUUAUUUCUGUUCAGGUAGAGAGGACUGGGCCUUGAGCCAGGUAGAAAGGAUGUUUAAUUUAAUAAGUAGUUCAAAUCUCAGUUAUUGAUCCCUCCCUAUUUCACCUCUCCCCUUAGCCAAAAGUUAUCUUGAAGCUUGACCAAACUCAGGUCUUGAGGUCCUUGUCCUGAGGAGCACACCUUUAUGUCUUCCUGGCCCAAUGGGACAUCUCACUUCCUUAUUACUUUCUUCAGGGAGUGGGUGGUUUGAGAUAUUUUCUGUUUUCUCUCAGGUCAGUGCUGAAAAACUAUGAUUUGGAAGGGGUGUCACUGGCUCAGUUCUUUGAGUGGGUACUUAGUCUAUAGAAACACGGCCCUUCUGACCUGAGAAGGUAGAGAAGACGCUGUCUAGCUUCUCUGCUCCUGGAAGUCACAUUUUUCCACGUUGCUGUGGAUUUGGCUUAAAUGACUUCAUCUUUCUCCUGUAGACUUUUCCAACUGCAGUCUUGGAAAGGGAUUUUACUUUUUACCUCUUUGAUCAACCAGUGCUAUGAAAGCUAUUACUAGUGAGGAAAGGAGUGUGGGUAUGCUGUGUGCAUAUAUGUAUUGUAAGCACAUGUGUAUUUUUGUUGGCCAUUCAAUAUUUUUGUUCUUUUCAUUGCUUACCUUACCCUUAUUCCUGCAUUGGAUAGAAUGGAAAGUCUUUCCUUGAGAUCUCAUUUUUUAAAACAUGAGUUGUCUCCCGGCAUCAGAAUCUUUUGCCAUUGUUCAGUCCUUCCUGUUAUGUGUUGGUGAAAUUAGGAGGACGUGGCCCUGGGAAUUGGGAAGUGGGUGAUUUAGUAACCACACCAGUAGAACUCAACUUGGGCAUACUACCUAGCUCACUGAUGAAUAGAUAUCAUGCUUGCAGUGGCAGCUGAUAAGUCCUGGAUUUGGGUUUGGGGAGUGGACAUAAGGAAAGCAUCCCUCCACUAACAUAGGGAAAUGGCAUCAUGGUGACUGUGUUGGAAUGGUUGGCAAUUUCUGGAUUUAGAAAUAUUUCUUUUUAGACCAGUUAGUCCACAUCAUUAAUACCUGUCCAGGAUGUGCAGGUAUCAAGCAUAGGACCAAAGGAAAAAGACUAAAAGCAUAACAGGGUUAUGGCCAAAUCCUGAGUAGCUAUGGAAUUAGAGGGAGCCACCAUGGUGUUUUUGCUGGAGAUGGGAUUGGUGGUAGUUGGAGUCUACAGUGAGACCUGAGGUCUGGGGUUUAGGGUUGGAGGGGGUAGGCUGUCCUAUUUUUAGCUCUGUUAAUCUAGUUCUUGGAUAUAAAAUGUUAUGAAGCAUUUUUUAGAUGCUGAGUCAACCAGGUCUUCUCCCAAGGCAUGUGGUUUUUCUGUGGAGAGAACAGGUGAGACAUGGGAUAAGUAAGAGAUUGGAAACUAUAAGCAAUCCUAAAUCUCAGAGAAGCCUAAGAGUUUGGCAUCUCAGAGAUUAGUCCCAUACUUGAUUGAGAAUUCUUGCUACAAUAUCCAUGAAAACCUGUGAGGUUUCAUUACCUUCAGAGGCAACCCCUACCACUUUUGUACAUCCCUAACUAGAAGUUUUUACUGACAUCAAAUGUAAAUGUGUCUGCAGAUUCUGCCCCUGAGGCCAAGCUGAGUAAGUCUAAUCCUUCUUUCACUUGACAGGCCUUCAGAUACUUGACAAUUACCGUUACUUCAACAAAUCCUCUUGGGCAUCUUCUCCAGUUUUUGAUCUUGGGUGCCCUCUUGUGGAUAUGCCACAUCUUGUCAAUGUCUUCAAAACCUAUUGUGUCUCCUUGUUUCAUUAGAGGCAGGCUUCAUUAGAGGUGCUUAGGCUGGCAAGACUUCAUUCUUUUAUCUUUGAUAAAGCUGUGCUGGCAUCUAGAAUUAAACAUAAUACUCCAGAUGUGGUCCAUUUAAAGCCGAGGGCAGCAGAACUUUUACUGUCUGGAUUGACACUGAUCCUGUCAGUGAAGCUUAGUAUAGCAUUGGUUUUUUUGACUGUUGUCACAGUGCCGACUCUUAUUGGACUUAUGGUCCACUGGAACCUCCAGAUUUGUGUGUAUGUGUGUGAGAACUGAUGCUUACCUGUCCUCUACUUGAAAAAUUGGUGGUUUUGAACAAAGUAUAGAACUUUAUUUUGAUGUGUAUGAAGUUUCAUCUUAUUUGACUUAAGCCAUCAUUUGUCUUGUCAAAGGUCUUUUUGUAAACUGAAUCUGUCAUCCAACAGGUUAGCUGUUCUUCUGAACUUUAUGCCAUGUGACAAACAUACCUUCUUUGCCUUCUUACAAGUUAUUGAUGAAAUAUUGAAGAGCUUAGGGUCAAGGACAGGUAGCUGAGACAGUCCACUGGAGAUCCUCUUUGAAGUGAUGCUCCAUUGGUGACUAUUUUUUUGGGUUUGUUCAGACCCACUUACCUGUACUGUUACAUAGCCCAUACCUCUCCAUCUUGUCCCUAAAGAUAAUGUGAGAACCUUUGCUAAAUGCUUUGUUCAAAUCUAGCACUUCUGAUAAACUGUAUCUACAUCAUUCCCCUGAUCUACCAGUCUAAUUACCUUCAGUAGAUGCAGUGAGUUUAGGCUGGCAAGAUUCCAUUCUUUAUUCUUGAUAAAGCUGUUGCUGGCUUUUAGUAAUCUCUUUUUCUUGUUAUCCGUGCUUGUGAACUAUCUCUUUAAUAGUGUUUUAGAAUAUUGUUAAGAAAAAAAGUCAAGCUCUCUGUCCUGUUCUUGCAGACUCCAAUCUCAUCUCUUUUUUUUGAAAAUUGGGAACAUUUGCUCUUGUCUUAUGAGACUCAUUUACAACUUUACAAAUAGAUUGCAGAACUGGAGGAGGAUGGAGCUUAGGUAAUUCAAGAAUCAUUGUUGUCAUGGAAAUUUAGGGUAGAGUGUGGCAAAUGAAUUAAAGUUGGAUGGGUCAAAAUGGUUUAUGAUACAGUAAAGUUCAGCAGAGAAGAGUGUGGGUAGAUAGCAUUCAGUCCCAUGGGGGCUGGCUCCCUCACCCCCUCCAUCUUAAGCCAUGGGCAGCAUGGUGGAUGGUAGCUCAGAUAAGCAGAGGGAUUUGGGUUCUGCUCAAAGGCAUGGCACUUUUAGGGCCCUGGGUUUACAUGGAGUCUUCAGACAAAGUGCUUGCUUUGGCAGUUGUCACGUUGCUGGUGGGGUGAUAGGGUCAGGGAACAUGGACUAGCAUCUAAAGUAGGGUUUCUAAAAAUUAACUGGGAAGGCUAACUCAGGAUGAGGAAGGUAGAAUUCUAGCUGUGUUGUAUCAGCAGGUUUGUGGGAGAGCUUCUGCAGCCAGUACUGACUAGAAAUGAGUGCAAUUAAGGUUUAACCUUACCCAGCAGUGUGUAACAGCUGACAUGCUUAGGAGAGCGGGACCAUGGAGUCUUCUAGUCAUUCAUUUGUACUCUCCAAAAUACAUGAAGAAAAGAAGUUGCAUAAGAAAAAUUUUCAGAAUUAUUGGAUAUGGGACAGACUGCAUAUCACCAGAAUCCACUGGAUGCUAACAAUAACCAAUCCCAGAUUCAACUCACACAGAUCUAUUAUUGUUAAUUAUAGAGCUACAGGAAUAACGUGACUCUACAAGCAAAUAAGUAGAAAAAACUCACCUUCAAAGAGCAGCAAUUUGAGUUUUUCACCUAAGAUGAGAAAAGACAGAAUUUCAAUAUGAUCUAUAAAAAAAUUAAGGAAAAUUGGACUUCAUCCCAACAGCUAUUGUACUCUUCUGCUAAAUUCUAUAUACUAUUUAAUACUUUUCUCUAAAAAUGGGCAUUUGGAACUCCCGUGGUUGUUAUAAGAAUUUCUACAGGAGUAAGCCCUCUUCAAGGACUUUGAUAUGCACACCAACUCAGAAAGAGAACUUCAACAGGUAAAUCCUAAAAAAAAAAAACACCUUUACAGCUAUGAAUGACUAAUUGAUAACAAUGUAAAUUCUGUGUUGGGUUUAACAGAUGUAUUAUGAUAUAUAAUUGUCUCAAAGUGUGGGGAGAUUACUUUGGGAGGGGACAUCAAAAUAAACAUUAUCCUUAUGAAAAA